AUGCAGCCACCAGAUUGGAGUUUACCUUUUGAAAUUAUGUAUGAUGCAAGUGACUAUGCAGUAGGGGCUGUCUUAGAUCAUGCAACCCUUAAGCAACUUCUCGCAAAGAAGGAUGCUAAGGCGCGAUUAAUUAGGUGGAUCUUGCUUUUGCAGAAAUUUAAUCUAACCAUCAAGGACAAGAAGGAUUUAGAGAAUGGGGUGGCUGAUCACCUCUCAAGGCUAAUAUUUGAGGAUACUACAGAUACACCACCGAUCGGUGAUGAUUUUCUAGGUGAACAAUUAUUUUCUAUCACCUCCAUGUCGUGGUUUGCACAUAUUGUCAAUUAUUUGGUAACAAGUGAGAUGCCAUCAGACUGGAAUGCACAGGAUAAGCAGAAGUUCUUAACAGAGUGUGGAUUUUAUUGGCCAUCAUUGUUUCGAGACACAAAUGUUUACUGUCGUUCUUUAGAUUAUGUGUCCAAAUGGGUAGAGGCUGCAACUUGUAGGAACAAUGAUAAUAAGACAGUAAUUAAAUUUCUAAAGGAAAAUGUGUUGUCUCGUUAUGGUACACCACGUCUUAUCAUUAGUGAUCGGGGUACACAUUUUUAUAACCGGUCUUUUGAAGCAUUGAUGAGGAAGUAUGGGGUGGUGCAGAAGAUUUCUACAGCUUACCGUCCUCAAACAAGUGGGCAGGUGGAGCUUGCUAAUAGAGAGAUUAAGCGUAUUUUAGAGAAAACAGUUAACCCCGAUCAGAAGGAUUGGUCAUUGCGAUUAAUUGAUGUGCUUUGGGCAUACGGCUUCAUAAACACCCUGGUAAAUUACGAUGCUUUACCACAAAAGGACCAGAGACUCAAGCCGGUCCUCGAGAAAGAGGCUCCAGUAGAGGAAGAUAUUCUUCUCAUGGACCCCGUCUACGAACAGUGA